AUGUGGUGCUGGAGAAAGAUACUGCGUAUUCCGUGGACAGCAUUUCGGACCAACGUAUCAAUUUUGCAAGAACACAAAAUCUCCUCGCAGCUAUCAUCCGAGUGUCUUUGCAGAGUCCUUGAAUACUUCGGUCACAUUGCACGGAAGGAUGGUGGCAAUCUCGAGAAGCUCAUCGUGACUGGUACGGUAGAUGGGAAAAGACCUCGGGGGCGCAGCCCAACACGUUGGUCCGACCAGAUCCGCACCGCUCUUGAUUCCACGUUUCACAACGCCCUCCACACCGACAGAGACAAGAAUGGAUGGAGAAAGAUCGUGUGUGCGAAGGUGAUACAAAAAGGUGAUCACGAGCCUCAGCAGUGA